UGUGUAUUCGCUGCGUUAAGAACUUUUUCUCUGCCGUUCUACAUAAAAGAGACGAGAAAAACGAGAAACUUUAACACAAAAUUAAGAGAAAAUGGCGAACGCAGGAUACACAUGUAUAAGAAGGACAUUUUGUUGGCUCAACAUACUUUUAUGGCUUUGCAGUUGCGCAUUCUUAGGAGCCGGCGUGUGGCUGCGUUUAUCAUAUGAAGGUUAUGCUACUCUUCUACCCGAACAUGCUGCCCUCAGUGCCGAUUCCGUAUUCCUGUGCAUAGGUGUAAUUGGUUUCGUUGUAUCAUUUUUGGGAUGUUGUGGUGCCUGGGUGCAAUCAAGAUGUCUGCUUGUUUUGUAUUUCAUGUUGAUCAUUUUGCUGUUCCUAAGUGAAUUCUUGAUUGGCUCCAUAGCCUUUGUAUUCCGGGGAGGCUUGAAGAGGACCGUGGCCAAUGAAUUACGGUUUGGCAUUGAAGAGCACUAUAAUGCCUCGGAUCGUGGCUCAAUCAUAGCACCCUCGGUGGCAGCCAUAUGGGAUAAUGUACAAAUAUCGUUCGAAUGCUGUGGGGUAUCUUCAUAUGAGGAUUGGUAUGACAUCAAAUCAUGGAGUGGCAAACGUUGGGUACCCGAGUCUUGUUGCAGGCCGAUGUAUGAGAAUAGAGGCAUUAUGGUGGAAGGUUCGGGCGAUAAUGUGCUCAGAGUUGAUUGUGGCAGAUCUGAAAAUCCCACUUUAUGGUGGGAUAAGGGCUGUGUUCACUCUCUGCAAAGCUGGCUUACCGAUAAACUUGAUGUCAUUGGCGUUGUCGGUUUGGGCAUUGCCUUUGCCCAACUCUUUGGUCUCAUAACAUCCAUGCUGCUAUUUUGUUCGGUGAAACAUAAAAAGGAUUCGGACACCUAUAAAUCAUAUUCACCCUCAAUUGAUCCUCAGACACGACCGAGUAGUUGGGAAGAUUGAACUAAAUUUUAGUUCAAUGAUAAACUAAAUGGAAAGCAGCAAAUUCCCUUAAAAGCUCGAAGGCAAAGCUAUGCAUUUGACCCAAACGAUUACUCAAAAAGCAAAAACAACUACAAUUUCUGGUAACUGUGCCUUUUUCCAAAAAAGACAUUUGCAAUAAUUAUACAAAAAGAAAAAAACAAAUAUGUGCCAAAAACCCCAAAACCAAACAAACAAACUAAAAAUAACAAGAAAACAUUAACUAAACGAUAUCUAUAUUAUAAUUAUUAAAUAUAAAAACCCAUGAAAUAAAACAAAAUAUCAUUAAUUGUAAGUUAGAAAUCACAUUAAAUAAAUUCUAGUUUAUAAGAAUUAUUUAUCAUAAAUACCAAAGUCAUAAUUCUUUAUUUAUUUUUUUGUUUUGUGAAAUUUUAUUGCUAUUUAAGUAGUUUCAUAAUUUGUAGUAAUUUAGUUUACAAAAAAAAAAUACAUUUUAGUUUAAAACAGAAAAACAAAAAAACAAAACCCUUAUAAACAUAAAUUAUUCUAUUAUAUACAAUAUUAUUUAUAAUCUCAUAUCUCCACUUCAUAUUCAUAUGAUAUUCAAUGUUUCGUUUUGUGUUUUAAUAGGAACCUUAAAAAAAACCAAAAUUGCAUUUUCAUGUUAAAUCUCUACAAAACUUAAUGAAGUCUACACCUUAAACUCUCAUUAUGAUAUUUAAAACAGAUGAUAUUAAACGACCCUAUGCUAUGCAAGUUGUUUUGUGGAAAAUAUUUGUCUAAAAAAAAGAAAAAUACUGCCUGUUAGUGCUAAGAAAAUGUGAUGAAAAACAUUCCUCAAACGAUAAUAAAGAAACAAAAAACUACGAAAGAAAAUGUGUAAAUCCUUUCAAA